UGGGAGGUGCAGUGGGGCGGGCGCGCCCGUUCAGGAGGUCUAAAGCGGCAGCGGGGAGCGGGGGGUCGCGGCUGCGCUGCCUCGCCGCUUGCCCGAGCCCCCGGCUGGGCCCAAACAGGAAGAUGGAUUGUCAGAAAAUUACCAAUUUUGGAAACCAGCUACUUCGUCGGAAAAAUGUGGACUGCUCUCGAGAAGACAGUCGCCUCUCGCGAUGCCUUAACACGUUUGACUUGGUGGCUCUGGGUGUAGGCAGCACUUUGGGUGCAGGUGUCUAUGUACUGGCUGGGGCCGUGGCACGGGAGAACGCAGGACCUGCCAUCGUCAUCUCCUUCUUGAUUGCCGCCUUGGCUUCCGUGCUGGCGGGACUCUGCUACGGAGAAUUCGGUGCUCGAGUUCCUAAGACGGGAUCAGCUUAUCUCUACAGCUACGUGACUGUGGGUGAGCUGUGGGCCUUCAUCACAGGCUGGAACCUCAUCCUCUCCUAUGUUAUUGGAACCUCGAGUGUGGCCAGAGCCUGGAGCGCGACGUUUGAUGAAAUCAUAGGGCAGCACAUUGAAACGUUUUGUAAAAAAUACAUGACGAUGGAUGCUCCCGGAGUGCUAGCAAAGUACCCAGACAUCUUUGCUGUGGUAAUAAUCAUCAUCCUAACAGGGCUUUUAGCUUUUGGUGUGAAAGAAUCUGCCCUGGUGAACAAAGUGUUCACCUGCAUCAACGUCCUUGUCCUUGGAUUUGUCGUGAUCUCCGGCUUUGUGAAAGGAUCUGUUAAAAACUGGAACCUGACUGAACAGGACAUUUACAACAGAAGCCAUAGCCUUUUCAAAGACAAUCAAACACAGGAAGAAAAGCUCUACGGUGUUGGAGGGUUUAUGCCCUAUGGAUGGAAAGGAGUCCUCUCAGGGGCAGCCACGUGUUUUUAUGCUUUUGUGGGAUUUGACUGUAUUGCUACUACAGGUGAGGAGGUAAAAAACCCUCAGAAGGCCAUUCCUAUUGGCAUUGUGGCAUCUCUUCUCAUCUGCUUUGUGGCUUAUUUUGGCGUGUCAGCUGCCCUGACGCUCAUGAUGCCUUACUACCUGCUGGACACCAAUAGCCCUUUACCCAAUGCCUUUAAAUAUGUGGAUUGGGAUGGAGCCAAUUAUGCAGUGGCUGUCGGUUCCUUGUGUGCACUUUCUACAAGUCUCCUUGGCUCCAUGUUUCCGAUGCCUCGAAUAAUUUAUGCUAUGGCAGAAGAUGGACUUCUCUUCAAAUUUUUGGCUAAAGUCAACGAGAAGAGAAAAACUCCCUUAAUUGCAACGGUGACCUCAGGAGCUACUGCAGCUGUUAUGGCCUUUCUCUUUGACUUGAAAGAUCUUGUGGACCUCAUGUCCAUCGGGACCCUCCUGGCUUACUCCUUGGUAGCAGCUUGUGUGUUGGUAUUGAGGUACCAGCCAGAGCAGCCUAAUUUGGCAUACCAGAUGGCAAGGUCGACAGAGGAGACAGAUAACAACGAGUCUGUGAGCACCAGUGAGUCACAGGCUGGGUUUCUGCCAGAGGAAGAGGAGAAGUUUUCCCUCAAAGCCGUACUAUGUUCCACAGAGUCAGAUCCUUCCAAAUUCUCAGGUUUGGUGGUGAACGUCUCAACCUUCAUCUUAGGUUUCCUUAUUGUGGGUAUCUGUAUCCUGACUUCCCUUGAGCCAAACAUUCUGAUAAAUACUGUACAGAUUAUUGCCGCCAUCCUUGUUGUCACUAUCAUCUUCAUUAUACGGAAACAGCCUGAAAGCAAAACCAAACUCUCCUUUAAGGUACCUUUUUUGCCCUUCCUUCCUGCUGGGAGUAUUUUUGUCAAUGUUUACCUCAUGAUGCAGCUAGACGCAGGCACGUGGAUUCGGUUUGCAAUCUGGAUGCUCCUAGGCUUUAUCAUCUACUUUACCUAUGGAAUAUGGCACAGUGUGGAAGCCAGCUACGCAGCCUCAGCAGAAGCGGAGAGAAACACAGACACUGGCUCAGACAGCUGUAAAUGACUGUUUGGCUUACGGGCAACUGAAAGAAUGGCUGCAGUGAAAGAAACUUUGUGGUGGGGAUCCUGAACCAGAUUACACCUGUAAUCAGUUAUGCAGAAGUAAGGAAGCAGAAUGCAGGCCUCCCCCACUUGGUUACUGCAGCUUGCAGUUUGUUUAGCAGCACAGUUAAAAGGGACCACAAGAUGAAAAGACACAACUUUGGCAUAUUCCCAGCAGCACUGGCGGCUCAUCUGGGCACUUCCCUCUCUCUCUCUCCGGUUUUGUUUUUUUUCCCCAGUGUGUAGAAAGAGAGCUGCUUCUGUGUGCAACUGCUGCUAUGAAACCAGGCCUCACAAAUGUCCUUCUUUCAGUAGCCCCAGGAAUUCCUCCCAACAGAUAUUCUACUCAAUUUUACAUGGAGCAGGUUUUGCAGUGCUACUAUCAGGCAUAGACCAGGGUCCAUCCUUCACCCUAGGUGAGCUGUACCCUCUGUGUAUGCACACAUACAAAAAAAAAAAGAUUCUCCCCAGUCACUAGAUUUCCCCAGGUCAACAAAGCACCUGCAAGAUUUGCAUUCUUUAAAAUAUCAGGUCUUAACAUUUUUUUUAUUUUUAUUUAACUGGGUUUUUUAGCUACAUGCUCACAUGCUUUAAGGCAUGUCACUGCUGUGAAAUGUUGGGAAGGUUUGUGGUUGCUGAUUGUCAGGUGAGCGAUCGCUCAACAGCACACAGCUCACACCAGCAGGUGUUUCUCCCAGCUGUACACUCCACAGAGGGAUUGCCAGCUUUAGUCAGGAAACCACAUGGUGCAAGUACUGCAAAGGCUUGAAAACAAGGGAUGUCUCCAAAGAGCAGUCCUGCCUCUUUGCCUCAGAAACCACCAGUGAUGUGGCUGUAGUGGUGGGGGUGGCCAGCAGAACUGAGCUAGCUCUGACAGCAAGUGCAGCCCUGUGUUUCUCCCCCCACAUCAGUCUUCUGUGCUGGCUGCCUGGCAUUAGCAACUUUGGUUUGGCAUUGGAGGCUC